AUGCCUCGCCGUCCACCGGCCGCCUUGAUCGGUGCCUUGUUAACGCGCCUUUUCCGACAGCAGUCCACCGAUGCCGAAGUCGACGCCAAGAAACCCCGGCGCUCCGACCGCAUUUCCUCCCGCGUCGGCUCAUCCUUUGCCACCGAAGCCAGCGCCGUCACCGAAAUCGCUACGCCCCGGACUCCAGCUGCCGCACCACCGGGUGCGCGCGACCGUGACAAUGACAACCAGAACCAGAAACAGAACCAGAAACAGAACCAGCUGCCCACGCCCCUCACCUUCUUGGCCGUCGACGAUUCGUCGGCAUCCGAGCAGCGCUUCAAGGAGCCGACUGCCACACCGCCCGGCGGCCGUCCCAGCCAGGUAGCCCCGCGCGCCGGCAGCAGCGGCAGCGGCAACAACAAUGUCGGCGGGAGUGGCGACGAGGCCGGCUCGUACUCGUCGCCGCCGCAGGACACCCAGGCAAUGCCCUCGCAAUACAUUGACCCGAACGCGGCGCUGUCUGACGAAGUCAAGGACGAGGUCAAGGAGGGCGUCUGGGGCUACCUGUUGCCGCUGGGCGCGCGCUACGGCAGCCGCAGCAUUGUCAUGAAGAAGCGGGUGGGCUGCGAAGACAGCGAUUCUCCGUCGUCGUCCUCGAAGAAGAAGGGGGGCAAGAAGGGCGGCGCGAGCAACGGCGCCGAUCACCCAUCGUCCAAGGGCUACUUAGUAGGGCGUCAUCCCGAGUGCGAUGUCGUGAUCGACGACCCGAUCGUCUCCAAUCGGCACUGCCUGAUUUUUGCCGAGCACAAGGGCCACGAUACGGUGGCCGUUAUCGAGGACCUGUCAAGCAACGGCACGUUUGUCAACGAGGCGCUGGUCGGCCGCAAUCAGCGCCGCGAGCUGCAGGAGAAGGACGAGAUUGCCGUUCUCGACAAGGCGCGCUUCGUCUUCCGCUACCCCAAGGCACGCACCACCAGCGGCUUCCACCAGCAGUACUCGCUGCAGAACCGACUCGGCAAGGGCCACUUUGCCGAGGUCUACCUGUGCGUCGAAAAGGCUACGGGUCAGCGGUUCGCUGUCAAGAUUUUCACCAAGACGCCCGGUGUCGAGGACCGUUCCAAGACCGACGGUCUGCAACAGGAGAUUGCCGUGCUCAUGGGCGUCAACCACCCGAGCGUGCUGUGCCUCAAGGACACGUUCAACGAGAAGAGCGCCGUGUAUCUGGUGCUGGAGCUGGCCUCGGAGGGCGAGCUGUUCAACUUUAUCGUCCUCAACUCGAAGCUCAGCGAGAGCGAUACGCGCAAGCUGUUCAAGCAGCUGUUUGCCGGUGUCAAGUAUUUGCACGAACGCAAUAUUGUCCACCGUGACAUCAAGCCCGAGAACAUUUUGCUUGUCGACCGGGACCUGCACGUCAAGCUGGCCGAUUUCGGCCUCGCCAAGAUCAUUGGCGAGGAGUCCUUUACGACCACGCUCUGCGGCACGCCCAGCUAUGUCGCGCCCGAAAUCCUGGCCGACACCCGCCACCGCAAGUACACCAAGGCCGUCGACAUCUGGUCGCUCGGUGUCGUCCUCUACAUUUGCCUGUGCGGCUUCCCGCCCUUUUCCGACGAGCUGCGCUCGCCCGACUUCCCGUUCAACAUGUCGCAGCAGAUCCGCAGCGGCCGGUUCACGUUCCCCUCGCCCUAUUGGGACUCGGUGGGCGACCCGGCGCUCGAUUUGAUCGACUCGAUGCUCGUCGUCGACCCGGAGCGCCGCUUCACCAUUGACCAGUGCAUGGCCCACCCCUGGAUGAACGAGACCGCGCUCAACGCCAACGACAGCACCGACGGCCUGGUCGGCGGCGUCGCAGGCCUUGCCGUGAACCGCCGCGGCCUCGUGCGAGAGCGCACGCUCAUCAGCGCCCUGAACCGUGUCGAGAUCACCAAGAUCCCCGGCGGCGCCAACCACGACCCCAUCAAGAUCUUUAGCAAGAACCCCACAGGCGCCGGCCACAAUGGCCACAGCCAUGGCAACGGGAAGGAAGCCCGGCCGGCGGACAAUGCCGAUCCCGGUGCGUUCAUGGAACACGGCGACAAGGGCGACCCGUCGCUCUUUGGUGACGAGGGCAGCGCGUACAGCAAAGCAGAUGUGGCCGCCACCAAGAGCAAGGGCAAAGGCAAGAGCAAGCGGUAG